GCAAUAACCUAGCAUUUCUGCUGAAGCUGCAAUUUCGAGUCUUUGAGACAAGCAGUCAGUCAUGGCUCCCGCGCUGCGCGAUCUUUCCGCCGGAUCCACCGCAGAGCUCGACCCAAUGCGUUACGAUUCACCUGUUUCGACCGACAGGCAGCCUUCAACCUCGUGCUGUGCUCGAGACCUCCACGCCAUCCCUUCUGCUGCAGCAUCUAAUGCGGCAGCUUGUGCUUCCGUUUUCUUAGACCAGAGUACUAACUGCCACGCGAAACCUAGGCAUAGAGAUAGCCUUGAGGAAGAGCAGGGGAGGCGGAAUGCGCACGGCACAUGCGUGAACCAAUCGGCUGCGCCGUUAGAUCCUAGUAGUGUCAGUUCCGAGCCUGUCUCCUCCGCGCGAAUCCCCGAGAGCGACCAGCUGAAGUUCCCGCUAGAGGGGUCUCUUGAGCCUUUAGAUCCCGACCUAGUUAGUUCCGAACCUGUCAGUUCCGAGCCUGUCGAUUCCGUACCUGCCUCAUCCUUGCGACCCCCCCAGGCUGAGAGGAACCAGCUAGAGUCUCCGUUAGAGCGUCUGCCGGACCCCUCGUCGGAUUAUCGGUCCAUCGCCGGAACAGGUUCUCACGACCAGUCCCCCUUCCGCGAUCUUCCCCGCUGCCAUCAGCAAAGUCCGCCGAGCCCGCGGCAAUCGUCUCCGCGCGCGCGGCAGCGGUGUCCGCGCCACCGCGGCGUUCCGCCGCCGGUCUCGGGGUUCUGGCGGCUGAUCGCCGGCACGACAAUCGGCGUGGCUGCCUUUGUGCUCUUCCGCGGGCGGGGGAGAACGCGGUUGCGGUGCGGCACGGACUUUCCGGAUGUUAUUGAGAGGGCUCCCCCGCCGCAGAUUAGGGCUUGGGGGGAGCGGCCACGUGUGCAGGAGUAUGUGAGCAUAGGGGAUAGGUUACUAGAGGCGGUGGUUCCUUGGGCGGUGGAUGGGUACCAGGAUUAUGAGUAUGGUAGUGAGAUAAGUGGGGGAUAUGGUAGUGAUGUUACCCUAGAGGACUAGGGAAGUGGGAUGUGGUAGUCUGAAAUGUUCAGUGGAGUAGGAUUUCUCUCGUGUUUUAUGGAUCAAUGGCAAUUUCUCCGAUCGA